AUGCGGGCGAUUUGCAUUUUCACUGUAGCUCUCUUAGCCGGCGUGCUAGCCGAUGAACCCUGGGUUCAGGAGGAGGACCUGGACGAACACGACGACUAUCACAUAGACAAGCGGGAUAUCCACAUUGACGGGCCGUACGAUGAGCACAUCCGAGUGAAGCGAGGCCACGGAAGGUCCAAACGCUACAAGCGCCAAGUCCACCAGUACGAAGUGUACGAACCGUUCGAGGAGGGCUACCCGGCACCUUCCUACGAAGAAAUGUUAGCGGCCAGCGCCAACCACUAUCACAGAUAUCUGCCCCCGAACACUAGGAUCGCCCGCCAUCUAACGGGCCAAGUGAACGCUGGGCCUCUCACGUUCGGAGUCAGUCCCGAGCCAAUAGAAGUCGUGUCGCCUCCAGUAAAUUUAUCGCCCGUGCAUAGCACAAGUCCUGUGCAGUUUAGCAGUCCGCUAGUAACUGAAGAUAAGGAUUUGACUGCGGCUGCCGGUCACGUAGUGGUGAAGCACAACCCGCACGUGAUUAGCCAUCAUCAGGGCUUCGGACAUGCUAACCAUGGUGGACAUUAUGAUUCGCACGGCGGAAAGAAAGUCGAAGGAUCAAAGUCUGACCAUUUCGUGGACAAGGGUGGUAAGGGGCACAAAACUGACGAACACCAUCGCAAGGAGUACGAAGAGGCAGCAGGGAAGAAGAGGAAACACCACGACCUCGCCGGGCACAAGGGCCAUCACGAAGAGGAGGCUUUUGGCCAAAGAGGUGCCCACUUCGACGAGAAGAAGGGACACAAAAAGGGGCAUAAGACCAAAGGCUUCCACAACAAGUACCACAAGGAUGAGUUCCACAAAGAGCACAAGUUCUACGAUGACUUCCACAAAGGUGGGGAGCACCACCGCUACGGCAAGUUCAACGCCCGCCAUGCCACGAAUGAGAGUGGGAAGAAGAAGGCCCACCACGUCAACGCAGGACACGACAUCGUGGAGAAAGGAAAGAAUGGAUACAGCAAAAAGGGGCACGUCGACGCGGACCACCGAGGCUACAAAGGGCAAUCGGGUCACGACGAGCAUCAUCAGCACCACUCCCAACAUGGCAAGAAAGGCGGAAAGGAGGGAGGUUCUCAGUGGGGCUAUGCCAAGAAAGAUUAG